AAAAACAGUUAGUCCUUCAAGUUUUAUCAUUUAAAAGAUGGCGUUGAUCUAUCCAGAUGCGCCAUGCACGACUGCAGCGCUAAGCUCUCUCUAGUCAAGACAGUUCAAAGGCACCUGUCCAAACAGAAACCCUUUAUUCGCACGAAACUCUUCUCUCCAACCAAUCGUGUCAAUCGAAUUCCCCUAUCAGAUUUUGAAUUGUGGACCAAAAUCAUAUCAGACCUCGCCCAAGGAGCCACCGAACCUGAAAUUGCUUUACAUGAUGCUUCUCGGAUGCUCAACAAUGGCUCUAAACCCAAUGGCUAUUCCCUAGUUCAACUUAUUCGAGUUUCCACGGAUUUGGGUUAUGAUUCUUACUGCCAGCUGCUUCAUGGCUAUAUUAUAAAAUCUGGGUUUGUCUCAGACGUUUCUGUAUCCAAUGCGUUAUUGAAGUCUUACAAAAGAUUUGGUUCAUCGAAAUGCGCCCACAAGGUGUUUGUUGAAAUUCCUCAGCCGAGUGUCAUCUCCUGGAAUUCUUUGAUUUCUGGGUACGUCCAAUCAGGGCAGUUCAGUAAAGGACUGUGCCUGUUUCUUGAGCUCGGAAGAUCUGAUAUCUGCGCCGAUGCAUUCUCGUUCUCCAUAGCUUUGUCUGCUUGUGGCCAGCUGAAUUUGUUGCGGCUAGGCCAGUCAAUUCACUCGAAGAUUCUGAAGUGUGGCUUAGAAUCAGGCGUCGUCAUUGCAAAUUGCUUGAUUGACACCUACGGAAAAUGUGGUUCUGUUGAAGAGGCAAUUUCAGUCUUUGAAUAUAUGAUCAACAAGGAUAUUAUUUCUUGGAAUUCCGUUGUUGCUGCAUGUGCUAAAAACGGAGAACUUGAACUGGCAUUCUGUUUUUUCCACCGGAUGCCUUACCGAGACAUAAUAUCAUACAAUCAACUUAUCAGUGGCAUUGCUCUGUUUGGUAAUAUUGAUGAUGCUAUUCAGAUCCUAUCACAUGUGCCAAAUCCAAAUUCUUCGUCUUGGACAUCAAUUUUGACAGGAUAUGUUAACAGAAACUGGGCAUGGGAUGCCCUGGGUUUUUUCAGUACAAUGCAUGCGGAAGGUGUUGGAAUGGAUGAGUUCACGUACUCCAUUAUUUUAAGCGGUGCUGCAGGACUCUCAGCCUUAACAUGGGGAGUGUUGAUUCACUGUUGCACGAUAAAAUGUGGCUUGGAAACUGCUGUAGUUGUAGGGAGUGCACUGAUUGACAUGUACUCGAAAUGUGGGCAGGUGAAGACUGCUGAAUCAAUGUUUCAGGCGAUGCCCAGAAAGAAUUUAAUAACUUGGAAUGCUAUGGUCUCUGGCUAUGCUCAUAAUGGUGACUCAACCAAGGUAAUCCAGCUCUUUGAGCAGAUAAAAAUGGUAAGGGAUCUACAACCUGAUUCAGUGACAUUUCUUAAUGUACUGGCUGCAUGUUCUCAUGAUGAAACACUUUGUCAAAGUGGGAUUCAAUACUUUGAAUCAAUGAUUAAUGAAUACAGGAUUGAACCAACAGUUGAACACUGCUGUACUAUGAUUCGACUUAUGGGAAAAGGAGGAGAGGUGUUUAGGGCAGGGAGGAUGAUCAACACACUGGGGUUUGAAUGCUGUGGGGUGGUUUGGAGGGCCCUGCUUGGUGCAUGCGGAACUUCCAAGGAUUUGAAGGUUGCAAAGAUUGCAGCCGCAAAGGUGAUUGAACUUGAGGGAGAUGAUGAGUAUGUUUAUGUUAUGAUGUCUAAUAUGUAUGCAUGUUAUGGGAAAUGGAGGGAGGCGAGUCUGAUUAGGAAGCUGAUGAGAGAUAGAGGGAUGAGGAAAGAAGCGGGAUGUAGUUGGAUUGAGGUUGAAAAUAUGAUAGCAAAUUCCAUCCAGUGAAGAUAUAUUCUGUGGUUUCUUCUACGCCUUUUUUUUACAAAAAAAAAAAGGAAAAAUCUGAACGUCAGAAUGAAAAAGUGACAAGAACGCAUUUAGCAUUCAGCUGAUCUUCAAUUUUCGAACUGGGAGUUGGUGUCUCGGAGCAAAUGAGGUGGUUUAUAUGCUCCAGUUUCAGCAGCUUUUUUAUGAUGAGUAAUGAGCAGAGUCUUAUAUUUACCCCUCAAGCUGGUGAAUGUUUUCGAUUCCCAGUUUGCUUAUGAUUUCUUGAAACCUUGAAGGUAUCCAGUUGGUUAGAACAUUCACUAGCUGAUAGCUUGAUGGCAGGUAAGAGUGCUAACUAGGCCACCAUCCAGCUUCUCCUUUAUGGAGUGCCCAUUCACUUCAAUGUGUUUAAUGCAGUUAGGUUGCAUUUGAUUAUGUUCAAUAUUUUUAGCGGGCCUAUCAUCACAGCAGAAUCUCGUGCAUCAUUUCUUCUUAUUUUAAGGUCAUCAAGAUUGACUUCAGCCAUAAAGGUUCACAAACUCCAUCUGUCAUGGCUCUAACUUCAGGUUCAGCACUUGAACUUGCAACCAUGUACUGUUGCUUACUCCUCCAUGUCAUUACCUUCAUGAAACUACAAAAGCCUGGUGAGUAUCUAUUAUCCAUGCAGAGUGGAUGGUUUGCAUCUACAUAAGCUUUUAGAUUAAGCCCAUUUUUCUUCUUGAACAAGAUUCUACUCCCAGGUGUGGCUUUAAGAUUAGAAUUCUAGAAGAAGCCAGCAAGUGCUUUUCCUUCAAAUCAUGCAUGAGUUCGCUUACAAUACUCAAAGCAUAAGCUAUACCUGACCCCUUGUGAGAUAAGUAAAUCAGUCUCCUAACAAAUCUUUGAUAUCUUCCUCUUCACCCAGUUAUGAUUAGGCUUACCAAACGUGCUAAUUGCCUUACCUCAGGUGUCAUAGUUUCCUUAAGGAGAUCUAUUUUAUUGAGAAAAAAAAAACUACACUAGAGCAUGCAACUUCAAUUUGCAGAAAAUAAUCAAGUUUCUAAAUUCUUUAGUAUCAAAUUCCUUAAUCACGCAUUUCUUAGGGAGUUGUACAAAAUGCUGUUUAUAGCCAUCUCUAGCGUGACCUUUGUAAGUUCUUUUCAAACGGUCUCAGGGGACAAGUUAAACCCAUAAAAUGAUUUCUCUAAACUGCAAAUUUAGAGAUUUGAUGGUUUGGUACUUCUUCUAGUUCCUUUUCUAGUAGCAGUAGGAGAGUACAUAUCAGGAAACUUGUGGGAAACUGAUUGGGAUUCUAGGCUUUUUAUUGGUUUUAGAAAAUAUUCUUUUUCUUGUGUAGGCCUGAAGCGGCAUAGCAAUAUUUAGGUUGGGCUCUUGUUUUUCUAGCUCAUUUUUAGAAGCAUGUUUGAGUUCGUUUUUAGACUAAAGGAAUUUUUAGAUUUAGUUAUUGUAAUCUCUUAAGGAGAUCAAGUUCAUAGCAAGCUUAAGUCAAGAAGAAACUCUCUUUUUUAUUUUAUCUAGAAACUCUUUUACCU